UGAGACUGGGAUUGAAGGCGGGGGGAGCUGCUGUGGGGUUUGGAUGGCGGGAGAGAAGCGGUGUCCUCUGUUUUCUGAUAAACUGAUCACAUCAUUUAAAAAGUUGGACGAAAUGAAAGCUAAUGAUAGGACAGUUGCGAGUAUGAGGCCUGCGAAAAGUUUCAACGAUAAUCAGGCCCCCAUCAACAGUUUGGAUUUCAGUGCAGAUGGUUUACAAAUGAUUUCAUCUUCUGAUGACGAUUCAAUUAUUAUGUAUGACUGUAUAAGUGGACAAAAAAGUCGAUCGGUAAACAGUAAAAAAUAUGGCGUAGAUUUGAUACAAUUCGCACACAAUACAUCAAACGCUAUACACUGUUCUACGAAAGUUGAUGAUGUUAUCCGAUACCUGUCAUUGCAUGAUAACAAGUAUAUCAGGUAUUUUCCUGGACACCAAAAGAAGGUAGUGACACUGUGUAUGUCUCCAUUAGACGAUAUGUUUCUAUCUGGUUCUUUGGAUAAAACAAUCCGCUUAUGGGAUUUACGAAUACAAAGUUGCCAGGGGUUGAUGCAUGUACCUUCAAGACCUGUUGCCGCUUUUGACCCGGAAGGUUUGAUAUUUGCAGCAGGGAUCAAUUCUGACACAAUCAAAUUGUAUGACUUGCGGUCAUUUGAUAAGGGGCCAUUUACGACAUUUAAGGUGGAAAAUGAGGCGAAAGAAGACUGGACAGGUCUGAAAUUUUCUCCUGAUGGUAAAAUGAUCAUGAUCACAACGAACGGUUCUUCGGUUACCCUAAUUGACUCCUUUAAAGGAACAUUAAUCCACGUUUUAAGAGGUCUGUUUAGUUUCUUCGACAACUGUCCAAGGCCCAAAUAAUUCAAAUUGUUCUGCAUCCCAGAGAAAAGCUUUAGACAGUCAUCAUAAUUCGAUGACAGUGGCAUUUCACAGGCUUACAAUUCAAUGCUGAGUAGGAUCUCACCUUUCUCAAACACAUGUACUUAAUAUUGUUUCUGAACCUGUUUAAACUUCAGAGCACUAAACAUCACAUCCUUAGUUUCUGUUCGCAGCGUAAUUUACAAUACAAACAUAUAUGGAAGGACUGUAUAUUUCUCUAGAUACUGCGAAAUCGACUGUUUCAGGUCACGAGAAUAGCAAAGGUAUUGAACUGGAUGCAACAUUCUGCGCUGAUGCACAGUAUGUAUUCAGUGGUUCCACAGAUAGCAGUAUAGUAUCAUGGUCUGUUACAACUGGCCAAAAAGUUGCAAAGCUUGCCUCGGGACAUUCCCCGCUUAUUCAUAAAAUAUUAUUCAAUCCACGGUUCUUCAUGCUAGCUACGGCUUGCACAACAUUAAAUCUAUGGCUACCAACAGAAGAAGAGUAGAAAUGUUGUUCUGAGACGUGGAUAGAAAUGUACUAUCGAUUGUAAGCACUAUGUCAUUCGGUUUGGUCAACCAAUCCAAAUCCUGUAUUUCAUAUGGAUGGGAAGAACGGAGGAGUGUCAUUAUUUGCCAUUAUAAUCAUGUGCUAGCAGCUCCUAUAAUACAUGGCACAAACGUUGUAACAGCGAAAUUCCAUAUCAUAAUAUGAAUUUUUGUACGAAAUCUAUACACAGCUAUGCAGUUUUGGAUAUAUAAAUUUUGCGCAAGAAAAGAACAACUAUAUUGUAAAUAUUUUUUUUUUAUUCGUUGGGAUGCAGGUUUGCUAUUGCAGUUAUUUUCGCAUAAUCCAAUAAGUUAUGGUUACCACAUAAGUUUACUUUUACAUAACAUAGUAUACUCAAAUUCCUAUUGUGGCCUUUUAAUUACUACUGCAACUCCCUCAUAAAUCCAAAUUUUUAAUGUUUCCAGAUUACGGACUAGAACCUCGGCUCAAGGUAUGAUGUUCCUUUACAAUAACCUAAAGCGGCUAUUAAGACAACACAGUAACCAGAUGUUUGUCUGUAGUCACAUUAUGAAUCAUUGGAAAUUUUUUUUCUUGCUAAAUUCUUGGCGACUUCACUUUCAUAAAGAAUUAACUGUUGAAACAUACAAACAAAAAUGUUUCUGCAGUUAAACCUACGAGUGC